UCCACCUUCCAGCGUUCCAUACUCUUUUUUGCCUCCGUGCAGAAGGAAUAUGUUAACGUCGCAGAGCAGGAUGUUUUUGCUGUCACUUCUGUGUCUCUACAGUGCAGUGGAUGGCGCCUAUUAUAUAAUCGACGGAACUUCCUACUAUUUGGAAGAAAAUAUAAAGGUCCCGUGGGACGAGGCAUUGUCAGAUUGCCAGAAUAGAUCAAUGACUUUAGCUUCGUUUGAAACUCGGCGUGAAUUUGAAAAAGUUGUACAGUUUUUGUAUUAUUCAGUACACGAUCUUUUGUGGAUAUGGACCGGGGGACACCGAACGGCUAAUUCUUCAUCGUGGAACUGGGAUGCAGGCUCGUCAAUCACUGAAUUUCACUGGGCAGAAUUUCAGCCAAAUUUGCCGCAAGACGAGGAUGCGUGCAUCAAUUUUUGCGGUUUGUACAAAGCCUGGGAUGACGACGAAUGUCUUUUGCAACUGUCUUACAUGUGUGAAGAAGUCCAUGAAAAUGAAAUAACGGUGAUUCGGCCAAAGGAUAACAGAAUGAACCACUGAUCCGACUGGAUCGCCAGAGGGAGGAUGACUAAAUUUACUAAAUUGAGUU